GAAGGAUCAGGAUAACUUCAUCUCUGAACUUUUAGCUUCGACAUAAUCAAUGGAAGAUCCAAUUCCGAGACGAGUAUUUGUGGGGAACUUUGAUUUUCAAACUACCGAAGCUGAGCUCCUCUCAACGUUCGAGGCAUGCGGAAGGAUCGUUAACGUAAACAUUGUCCGUAAAAGCCUGACUGAUUAUUACGGAUUCGUCACAUUCAUGGAUUCUAUUACAGCGGAAGAUGUCUUAAGUGGAAAGUAUAGCUUCUUCAUUCGAGGACGAAAACUUCGGAUCAGGAAAGCCUACUUGAGAUCAAAAAAUUUCGAUGAAAUUGCCUUGUCAGCAAGUUUUCAACGUGCGCCCAUGACUAUUUUGGACAUGAAUAAAAUUCUGGCAUCGUUUGAGCGACAAUGUGUGAUUGAAAAGCAAAUGAAUAUGUCCGGAAUAAACGUCUUCAAUGGCGGAAAAGCACAUUAUACACCGACAUCGGUCAUUGCUUCUCUUACUGGAUCACAUAUGCAGCUUUGAGUAAAGAAAUCCAUUCAAUGCUAGAACAACACAAAACGCAUGGUUUUCCUCUGUCGUUAGUGGUUAAUAAUCUUUGAAUUUACAGUUUUGGUCAAGUUGUAUUUAAUAUCAAUUUUAGGCAUUUCUGAUAAUUUUUAAAAUUAGACAAAAGUCAUGAAUUCUCAGAAAGUAUAUAUCGUUUAAGUUCAAAACAAAAAAUUACAUCAUUUAACAAAAUUUUACGAAAAGUUGGGAGAAAGUGUUGAAUAAUUUUAACUCGCCUGUUUUUUGAUUUUGUCUGUGUUGACUUCACUUACAAUUGAGUUUGGAUGAAUUAAAUUCUUGAGUUGACAAAAUGUUGUUUGUUGAAUUUAGGUGGACAGAGUAUUACGUGUUAAACGAAACAAAGAUUGGAAUGAGAUUUUAUACUAAAAUAAGACCGAAUUGUUGGCGCUCCAGAAGUUUGUAUACCAAUAUGGAAGUAACUAAUUUUGUUCGACCACUUUACAUCAAGUUGUGUAAAGGGA